AAUAGUCAAAAUUAGUCUUGAUGUACUACAUAGUGUCGCCGUACCUCCGAUAAGGAGACAUGGGAAAUCCACAUAUUACCUUGGUCUCGAUUGGUCGAAGUCGUUCGAGCCUUGGUAAGAAUUUGCAAAACGAAAAUUCCAUUUGCCGAUGCCUUUGCUGUAUUAGUACGAGGUUGGACCGACUCUUUUCCGACAAAUCAUGCGGUUGUUCUUUUGAAAACGCCAAGAAUAUUGCAUGCGUUUUGACAGGAAACCAGAAUGCCUCAGUUGAAGUUACAAAGUGUUGCUACAUUUGGGCAAACGAAUUGGAGAAACAAGCACAAACGCGCUAGAUCGAACAAUUUCGUUUGGAAGUACGGUAGGAUUUACGGAGCAGCAGAUAUUACAGAACAAUCAUUUCAUACCCGUAUUUUUUUGAAGAGGAUCUCGCUAUUGCGUUCGUUAGUGAGUAUCGUAGCUACCGCAGUGUGUUGCUACGACGCUACGUCGUGCGCAGGCAAGCACACAGAAGCACACAGCAGAAAAAGCGUUCCGGUCUGUUGGACAAAGCACCUCGAAACAGUGGCUCCGCACGGAUUCAAUCUAGUCACGCUUCAAAUCGAAAUAGACGGUCUCGAUUCCUUCUUUCGUGAUGAUCUUGAUCUCGACCUGGUCGCCCGUGUAAAUGUCGCGCUCCCCACAAGAGAGGAAUGCAUCCUUGAUGAUUUCCACUACCUCUUCCUUGGGAAGUUCCCUCUUUUCGUCCUGACGAUUUCGGUGUGCGAUUACGUUAUCGAGGAGAGGAAUGAUGUAGGCUUGGCCACUGCCCGUCGCCGUGACCGUCGUUCGCUCGAAGCUUCCGAUGGCAUCGUAGGAAUAAAUAGCCCCCUUUCCCUCUUCGUCGAUGCCACCAAAGACAUUGAAGGCGUAGUAUGGGAAGAACCGCUUGUAGUACAGGGUGUUUCCGAGCAUCUGGGCCACCGAGGGAGUCGACAUCGGCUUUCGGUGGUUGUGGUGGUACAUUUUCAUCUUGAUGUCGAGGACGGACCGCAGCUGAUCGACGUCUGUUUUGCAUCCGGCACUACCAAGCACGCACUUCUCGGUGAGGGGAUGGAGCUUGCUCAUGUUGCGCGAGAGAAUUUCGUAACCGGAACUCAGACGGGUGUCGGCCGCAAUCACUGCAUAGUCGGAACCAGAAAUGGCCACGCAGGUACCCCCAUUAAAGUCGUAGGGACUGAAGCGACGCUCGUAGGGGUUUUCGGUGACGCCGUGGUCGAUUUUUCCGAGGGUCGUGUUUCCCUCCGAGUUGUGCGCCAUGAUUCCAUUGAGCCGGGGAUCCAGGGGCGCGGUCUCCUGGGUUGCCCGGAACCUGCCCCCGCCGGAGCGCAUGGGUUUGCUGGAUGGUGGCAUAAACGCUUCCAUGUUUUGUUGGUUUCGACUUGGUUUGUUUGAUACCGGGACAAUUGCCAGCGGUCCUUGGGUCACUUUUUUCUAUUCACCGAAAGUCUUCUUUGUGUUUGUAGGGUACGGGUACUGCCGCAGAUCAGAAGAAGUGUUCGAAAACGAUUGCUCGUAGUCCUUUGCUUUCUGAAUUAUUCGUUGCAACACGGUUGUUGUUGCGGUUGCUACUGAUGUUAUUCGUUGCCUGUUUCGCACAUGAAGUUUCAUUCUGCCUCUGCGCCGUACCGUACCGUACUUACGGGUACUUGGUUCGUACCGGUAGGAAACCAUGGUUUUCGAUGCUUCGGAAAGCGUCGAUAUCUUUCCAUACGGGACUCGAUUGAAACUCGAUUGAAUCAAUUGCGCUUACCGAAAACCGAAAACAAACAAAACGUUCUCCUCUUCCAUGCUCAGCCACCAUCUUACGGGUUCGGGGAUCGGUACAGUUAGUACGUACGAGUACUUGGUACAUAGGUACCACAUGUCAAAUUACAAAUUACAAAUUACGGUACUUUUUUCUUUUUCGUAUUUCACAAGUCAAAAUCCAAAUCCAAAUUCCAAUUCCGCUUUCGAACUCUUCUUGUUCUGUCCAUCACAAAAAGACCAAUCGCAAUGAAGCCAAGCGACCAACAACACGUGGGACGCCAAGCGAGCGCUCGAUUUUUGGGACCUCGAUACGCCACUGAUAUUAUUCCUCACAAAAGAAUUGCAGCGUAGCACGGUAGAUGCCGCUGCCUCCAGUGGUUUUCUGGCGAGGAAUCGGAAGAGUUGCGGCCCCGGUUCGUCAAUUGGAGGUUCAAUUGCCAAGAGGCAUUCCCGAUUUGAUUCCGGGUGCACCGCAGAAAUUCUUGUCCCCUCCCGCGGGCCGGAUUGUCCGACCGAUGCCGUGAGACACGAAAACGGGACCUGGGGGUGCCAGGCCGAUCGAGGCGCCCUAUUGCAACGCUUCGAGGUACUUUUUCUGAGGCUGCAAAAAAUAGCACCUACUAGUAGCCUUGGUGUAAAUCAGGUGGCCAAAGUACUACCAGCAUCAAACUCUACAACGACCGGUACGGCUGAAGACGAUAAACGGUGCUACAAGCCAAAGCCAAAGACCAAAAUCGGCGCUCCAAAUCCGAUUUUAGAAGGGUUAUCGCAAUCCUCCGAUGCCAUGCAUAUGCAAUACUUUGGACUUUAUGAAGAAAUACCCAUUUCGCUAGAGACGAAGCAGUAGAAACUUUUGGACGAGUUCAGGCCACCAGCUAUAAAUUGGACGGUAGAGGUCGAAGAGGUCGCCCACCUCACUCUCACAAAGGUACCGGAAGUUUCCCAAAAUAUAGCGGGACACCCUUCGUCUCGUAUAUAUUUUUGUGCCAAUAUGUUCCUGCAGGAUUCGGGAUUUGACGACACGAUUCAGGAGUUGACAUCGAAGUCUACCACAACAGCGGAUAACACACCUCUAAGAGGUAGGUUGAGAGGUAUAGGAAUCGCUACAAUGGUGGCCAAAAGCGAAAAUUAAGUUCAGUUUCGUUAAGCAUCAUGCAUGAGAAACGAAAUCAGAGCUGCUGUUCAUGCUUAUUGAAAUGCUGAUAGGAAUUUGUCGUCUCGGUUCCCGUGCAGUCAUAUCAUCAUAGAUCGUCCAUUGAUGCCGUCGUGAUCAUCUAAUGGAAUGAUCAGACGCUCGGUAACCGCUCAACAACGGACAAUCGCAGGCUGCCAUCCAGCAACAAUUAUUUUGCAAUUUUCAACUUUUGAAAACGAGAUUCCCACUUUAUUAAUUUUCAAUUUGUUCAAAAAGUCAAUUGAAUAGCGGAUUCAAUUCGUUCUGAUUUUUCCAAGCUGCUGCAUGUGUGCCUUGGAAUACAAUGAAAUCUAAAGACUAAU